CCGCUAGUGGGCGCUCCUUUCAACAAAUGAAACUAUUCAUUUGUUUGCAACAAGAAGGGGCUGUCCUCGCUCAUGCUCAUUCAGUCACUUCCGGUCACAGUCGGGUGUAGAAACAUGGCGAUGGUCUCUUUACGAAACUCAGCGUCCUUGUUUUUAUUAUUCAGCAGACGGUUGUUUAGACCGGAGCUGAGUGCACUUUGUUCUUAUCACAAAAAGGUGGUGGACCAUUAUGAAAACCCGAGAAAUGUUGGUUCACUGGACAAGGGCAACAAGAAUGUGGGGACUGGACUGGUGGGUGCACCAGCCUGUGGUGAUGUAAUGAAACUUCAGAUCCAAGUAGACGAAAACGGUAAAAUAGUGGAUGCAAAAUUCAAAACAUUCGGCUGCGGAUCUGCCAUUGCCUCCAGCUCUCUAGCAACAGAGUGGGUAAAAGGAAAGUCGAUUGAUGAAGCUCUGAAGAUUAAGAACACAGACAUUGCCAAAGAACUCUGCCUUCCACCAGUCAAGCUUCAUUGCUCUAUGCUUGCAGAAGAUGCCAUUAAAGCAGCGCUUUCAGACUAUAGACUGAAACAACAGGACGAAAAGGAGGACCGUGCCAAAGCCAGUAACUGAUAUAUUUACAAUUGAGUAGGGCAUUUUCUAUUGAUAGCUUGGUUACAAAAGCCUCUCAGCAGCACAGUGACGUGUGAAAGAUGAGUUUAUACAUACAUAGACUUUACACAAGCCUCAGGUGCUAGAUGUUAAUGUUUCCAGAUUCAUUCGGGUUCAGAUCAUCAGCAUUGCUUCUGAUACUGAAGCUGGAGUUCAAGGUGAAUACAAAUAACAUAUCCUUUAUUUUUAACAAGGGAGCCAAACAUUUUUCCUGCUUUUCAGUUAUUCUUUACACAUUAAAAUGAGAUCUUUAAUAAAGCAUGAGUAAUUGAUUUGAGUUCUUUUUAAUGCUUUUUUUUGGGGGGGUCGCUUUGAGGUUUUAUUUGGCUUGAUUAUAUAAAAUGCCUUCAGGUCAACAUCUAAAGUUCAAAUAUAAAAACUAUAGAAAUCUGUAUAAGACUGUAUGCUUAUUGAAUUAAACAAUUCAAAACAU